CAUGUAAAUUCUAUACUAAUUAUUUUCGUUUUCUGCUGCUUCUGUUUCUUUUCAGCCGCGUUACCUUGCCAUUAACUGUGGAAGAGUAUCAAGUUGCACAACUUUAUUCAGUUGCUGAAGCAUCGAAGAAUGAGACUGGCGGUGGUGAAGGCAUUGAAGUGCUAAAAAACGAACCAUUCGAUAAUUAUCCACUGUUGGGUGGUAAAUAUAAUGCCGGCCAGUAUACAUAUAAAAUCUACCAUUUGGCAUCAAAAGUUCCAGCAUUUAUAAGACUGUUGGCACCGAAGGGUUCCUUAGAAAUACAUGAAGAGGCAUGGAAUGCAUAUCCGUAUUGCAGAACGGUCAUAACGGUGCAUGAACUGCCACCUGAGAAGCUUAAAACACGAGACGUUGUGCAUAUCGACAUUGCGAAUGAUCCCGUAUUGCCUGUCGAUUACAAGCCCACUGAGGAUCCAACAAAAUUCAAGUCAGAGAAAACCGGUCGUGGCCCACUGGUGGGUCCAAACUGGAAGAAAAGUGUCGAUCCAGUCAUGACGUGCUACAAGCUGGUGACAUGCGAAUUCAAGUGGUUCGGUUUGCAGACAAGAAUAGAAAAUUUCAUACAAAAGUCAGAGCGACGAUUAUUUACAAACUUCCAUCGCCAAGUUUUCUGUUGGAUGGAUCGCUGGCACGGUCUGACAAUGGAAGAUAUACGCGCUAUCGAGGAGAAGGUCAAAGAAGAGCUCGAUAAGCAGCGUCAAGUGGGCGAGGUGCGAGGCAUGCGUGCCGAUACUGAUUAAAUGCUAAACAAAAAACCAAGGAAAAUUAGACAAGAAUAUGACAAAAGUAACAACCAAACAACACAAAAAUAAAACUACAGCAGCAACUACAAAAUUAGAACCAAAAAAAAA